AUGCGUUUAAUAGCUAUUUUCGCUGAAUAUGAGGUGAAAGUGAUAGGUAAUGAAAUUAACUCAAUUAGCAGUGGUCAUCAAAGUACUAUAACUCCUGCUGUGCUCCUUUUUGGUGUUCAAACUUUUCCUAUACGAAGGUAUGAUGAAUUCAAUUCUUAUAAACAUAUAGGCCUAUUAAUACGUAUAAUUGCUCCAAUUUAUUAUCUUACCCGCACCAAUUGUCCACGAAUACUGGUCAAAUCGCAAUUCCCUCCGGUCAUUAUCAGGAGGGUAGACAAACGGACCCGUCACAAAUAGCGAACAUUGUAUUACAAGAACAAAAUCCUAGUAAUAUGGAAGAUAACAAGGCAUCCGCUGCUCUCUUGCAUCAAAUGCCAGAUCACGAUGCUAGUUUCUUGAGUGAUUCAUCUCCUUUUUCUGUUUCUCUCAGUCCGAUAGACUCAGAACCAUCUUCUUUCUAUGGAGUAGAAGAAUACUUAACAAUCUCCGUGAACGAUGGAUUGACUGAUUGUUGAUAUCUCCUAAACUUACCUUUGAAUAGCGUCGAAUCCAUUUCCACCAAAGAUCCUCUUCCUAUGGAUCCUCCAUACUUCUCCCUUCCUCCUAUUAAUACUGUGAGCGCAAUUAGUUUAUCUGAGCCUUCUUCGGCAAGGUUUGACAUUUGACAACUUGUAGGAAGCUCUAACCUGCCAAUUUUCUCUUGAGUUAUUGCUUGUGACAAA